AGUCAGCAAGCAAACCAGUGAGACAGAGGAGAGAGGGACCAGGAUAGAGACCCAGAGAAAGAGAAGAGGAAGCUGAGCUCUGUGAGGGCUCAACCUCUAACUUGUUUCAGUUCAUUCAUCCUUUUCUUCUGUCCACUUCAGGAAGUGACUGUGGCGCUUGGACUCUCCAAGUUGGUGCCUAAGAAGAUGAUAAUCAAAAAAAUGAGUUACUUCUACAUGACCAGCUUUGGGCUUCUCUUCCUGAUGAAUAUUCCCCCUGAAACAACUGGCCAAGGGGAAUCAAGACGACAAGAACCUGGGGAUUUUGUGAAGCAGGAUAUUGGCGGACUCUCUCCCAAACAUGCCCCAGAUAUUCCCGAUGACAGCACUGAAAACAUCACUAUCUUCACCAGAAUCUUGGAUCGUCUUCUGGAUGGCUAUGACAAUCGGCUGCGACCUGGUCUUGGAGAUGCAGUGACUGAAGUGAAGACUGAUAUCUAUGUGACCAGUUUUGGCCCUGUGUCAGAUACUGACAUGGAGUACACCAUUGACGUAUUUUUUCGACAGACAUGGCAUGAUGAAAGACUGAAAUUUGAUGGACCGAUGAAGGUCCUUCCACUGAACAAUCUUCUGGCUAGUAAGAUCUGGACCCCUGACACCUUCUUUCACAAUGGGAAGAAAUCGGUGGCCCAUAACAUGACCACACCUAACAAGUUGCUCAGACUGAUAGACAAUGGAACCCUCCUCUACACAAUGAGGUUAACAAUUCAUGCUGAGUGUCCCAUGCAUUUGGAAGAUUUUCCCAUGGAUGUGCAUGCCUGCCCACUGAAGUUUGGAAGCUAUGCCUAUACAAAAGCUGAAGUGGUUUAUUCUUGGACUCUUGGGAAGAACAAAUCUGUGGAAGUAGCACAGGACGGCUCUCGCCUGAAUCAAUAUGACCUGCUGGGCCAUGUUGUUGGGACAGAUAUAAUCCGCUCUAGUACAGGAGAAUAUGUUGUCAUGACAACCCACUUCCACCUCAAGAGAAAAAUUGGCUACUUUGUGAUCCAGACCUACUUGCCAUGCAUUAUGACUGUCAUUCUGUCACAAGUGUCUUUCUGGCUGAACAGAGAGUCUGUUCCAGCUCGCACAGUCUUUGGUGUCACCACUGUUCUCACCAUGACCACCCUGAGUAUCAGUGCCAGAAACUCCUUACCUAAAGUGGCAUAUGCGACGGCCAUGGACUGGUUCAUAGCCGUCUGUUAUGCCUUUGUAUUUUCUGCGCUGAUUGAAUUUGCCACUGUCAACUACUUCACCAAGAGGAGUUGGGCUUGGGAAGGCAAGAAGGUGCCAGAGGCCCUGGAGAUGAAGAAGAAAACACCAGCAGCUCCGACAAAGAAAACAGGCACCACCUUCAACAUCGUGGGGACCACCUAUCCCAUCAAUCUGGCUAAGGACACUGAGUUCUCCACCAUCUCCCAGGGUGCUGCUCCCAGUGCCCCCUCAACACCAACUACCAUUGCUUCACCGAAGACCACCUACGUGCCGGACAUCCCAACUGAAACCAAGACCUACAAUAGUGUCAGCAAGGUUGACAAAAUUUCCCGCAUCGUCUUUCCUGUGCUCUUUGCCAUUUUCAAUCUGGUCUAUUGGGCCACAUAUGUCAACCGGGAGUCAGCUAUUAAGGGCAUGAUUCGCAAACAGUAGAUAGUGGCAGCACAGCAACCAGAGUACAGUAUACCCUAGGAAGCAUCCAAGCACCUAAACCCUGGGGCUCCCCUUCAUGUGUUUCAGGAUUCUUCUUGUUAACCCUCUAUCAAGCUAUUACUCUCAAUUCAUAUUUAUGAACCUCAAUGAAGAAAAAAAAACAACAGAAAAAUUACUUGUUUCUCUAACAUUGCUGAGUGUACCCUCAUCAGAGCCAAACACUGCCAUUUGUCCAGUUGCUCAUCUUAGUCUGCCAGUCUUCCCCAGUUGAGGUAACUGCAUAUAUUUUAUUGCACUCUGCCCAGUGCAAAAAGUACAGGAGGGUCUAUUACUUGUAGUGGGAGCCUUGGCUGUUUGAGAGGUCCAAACCAAGGAGGAUUGUUAACUGGCCCAGAUCAGAUAAUUAAUAGCAAAGGCAGGUGCUAGUGCUAUCCUCUAAACAUGGCCCUCAGCCCCUUUAUUGGCUUGGAGGUUAAUGGGAACAGUUGAGACUCACCACUGUUUAUCAUGUAUGGUCAAAACUGAUAGAAUAAACUGGGCCAGCCUGACACCAAGGUUACUGGUUCCCUGACAUGUCCAGCUCCUCAGAAAAAUAGUAACAUUUUUGGUACAUAUCUCCUCCAGCAAAAGCCCUCUUCUCUCAAGCCCUCAACCCUUGUAGCCAGCUGACCACUGCUUAGUUUAGAUUCAUUGCCACCUGCAAACUCUUUAAGAAAAGGAUCAAAUAUUUUUUAAAUUUACACUAAAAAGGUAUGAAUAGAAACAAAAAAGAUCUAUAUCAAAUGCCUACACAAUAAUUUUAAAAGGAUUAGAGUGAUAGAAAAGUCACUUCCCUGCUAAGGUACCUAGUCAAGUACUGGAUAGGACAACAGAUAUGAGCUGGGUGGUAGUUAAGGCUUAAAUUCUUGCUCAAAAAGACAGGGAUACUGGCAGACAAAAAUCAAAUUCUUCCUACCACACUCUCCACAUUUCAUACCUUAGUCCAGGCCCAAUGUCUUUGCUCCCAUGUGUCAGGGAAUUCUGGUCCUCUGUUAAUGCUGAUUCUAAGGAGCAGUGAAUCAGACUCUAGUUGAUUUUUGAGUCAACUAAAUAAUUAACUUUAUUACCA